GAUUCCCCUAGCGAUUUGACCCAGGACUCGCCCGCCAAUGGGCUUCUCAAGUACAACUUCCUCAGCCACAUGGCGUUAGACUCGUUUCUCCUGCCAUUUUAUGAUUCCCAGAAGGGCUCGUCGCUUUUUUUUAUCCAGGACAGUAUCGCCGUUUACGGUUAUGAAACUAACACGGGGUUGAAAAUCGUGGUGGGGACGUCCACCAGAGACAGCGUUGGUGAGGCGUUGAGGCCCGUCUUUCAGCAGAUCCACAAGGUGUAUAUCCGGCUCAUGUGCAACCCGUUCCAGAGUAUUACGGAUGAACAGACGCUAAGCGACAAUAAGCGGAUGCAGUCGAGCAUCAUGGGGAUUGUUGACACGUGGAACAACGCCCAAUAG